AUGUCUGAGUUCUUACACAUCCCAGUAAGAACUGUCUCUAGCUCGCUGUUCGGCACAGCAUCAGAGGUGGUGUAUGCGAGAUUCAAGAAAAUUAAGAGGAGGGAUCCAGAGUGCCAGGCUUACAUCAGGAAGGUUGUGAGGAGUCCCUUCUUCCAGAUCCUGAUGAUCAGCACCGUGGCCACCAAUGCCUUUUUCAUGGUCCUGGGGACUGACUAUCACAUAAGGUACAAAUUGUUCAGACUCUUUGAGGUAUCAGAGAUCUUCUUUGUCUCCAUCUACGCCUGUGAAUUCCUGAUGAAGGUCUACGUGGAGCCCAUUAAAUUCUGGAGGGAUGGCUACAACCUGCUGGACGUGGUCAUUAUCAUCAUUGUCUCAAUACCCUACGCCCUCCGCAAGAUCAAGGGGAACCGCUACAAAAACCUCCACAUUGCUGACGGCAUCCAGUCUCUGCGCAUCCUCAAGGUUAUCCCUUACAGCAGAGGCAUCAGGACUCUCAUCACGGCUGUGGGGCAGACAGUCUACACCGUGGCCUCUGUGCUGACGCUGCUCUUCAUCCUCAUGUACAUCUUCGCGAUCCUGGGAUUCUGCCUGUUCGGAGUUCCGGAGAAUGGUGAUCUGAAUAACUGGGGGAACCUGGCCGCAGCAUUCUUCACCCUCUUCAGUUUGGCCACGGUUGAUGGCUGGACAAACCUGCAGGAAGAGCUGGACAAGCGGAAGUUUUCUGUGAGCCGGACGUUUACCAUCAUCUUCAUCUUGCUUGCUUCCUUCAUCUUCCUCAACAUGUUUGUGGGUGUGAUGAUCAUGCACACGGAGGACUCCAUCAAAAAGUUCCAGCGGGAGCUGAUGGUGGAAAGGCACCUGACGCUUAUGGAGGAGAAGCAGAUGAUCCUGAAGCGCCAGCAGGAGGAUGUCAACAGGCUGAUGAACACGCAGAAGAGUGGUGGCAGGAGCUUCAUCAAGCUGGUGGAGGACUUCAAGAAGACCCUGCAGCACACAGACCCCAUGGUCCUGGAUGACUUCGGCACUAGCCUCCCCUUUAUUGAUGUGUACUUGACCACUCUGGACAACCAGGACACCAUUAUCAGCAAGCUUCAGGAGCUGUACUAUGAGAUUGUGAACGUGCUGAGGAUGAUGCUUGAGGACCUGCCGCAGCAGAAGGCUUCCAGGAGCUCAGAGAUGAUGAUCUAG